ACGUAGGCUACUUGUUGUAUCUCGCGAUGGACACUGCCGCCAACAAGCGCCGUGUUCCGGUCAAUGUAGAGGUGAACGUCACGGAAGGUGCGCGUAGCAUGCCUCCUGCACGCCCCGGAGGUCGUACGGGCGCUCGUCCUGCGUCCUCUGGCUCGUGGUUCGGCGCGCCGCUGGUGUACGCUGUGGUGACGUUCUUCAGCCUCAUGAUCUUGGUGCAUGUUUGGCAAUUUUCGAGCUCGCAGAUGCACCCAGUGCUGUCCACGCCUUUCCACAAUAAGACAAUGGUGCAGUUUACAACCAAGUUCGGCACUUUUACCGUGGAUCUGUACCCGGACCACGCGCCUAAGACCGUGGACGCCUUCAAGAAGCUCGUGAGCGAUGGAUUUUACCUGAAGGAUGCCGGUUUCUACUACAAUGAACCAAAGUUCGUACUGCAAGGAGGAGGUUUCCUCUUUGACAAGAAAUCGCCCAUUGGCAACCUGCCAGUGGAGUACAGCGCCCCCAGUACUGAGAGGAUGGUGGUCAUAGCACGCAGCCACAAGUCGGACUCUGGUAACACCGAAUUCGCCAUCAUGCUGCACGACAACACAGAGAGAAAUAAGCCCAGUGAGGACGGACCAGGCUACACGACCUUCGGACGAGUUGUGGAAGGUUGGCAUACGAUCCAGUUUAUUUCUAAGAAAAUGUCACCUGGCUUUAUGGCCAAGGAGGACCGCGACUACCAGAUUGGCUUCGAGAAGGUCGAGUUCGUGGAGCGGCUAACGAAUGACAAUGAAGAAGCCAAGAUGCGUCUUGAGGAGCUGGCGUACGUGCUCGAGACGCCGCAUAGUGUGGUUAUCAUCUCAGAAAAGGACUGUCCCGAGAAGAAGGAGCUUGAGAAGAUGCUGCACAAGUUCCGCACAACCGUGCGUACUAUGGAGAUCGGCUUCGCCAACCACGUCCCAUACGAGCUGGAGGCGGUGGAGGCACUGACUGGACGCAAGUCACUCCCGCUUGUGUUCAUGAAGGGCAAGUAUAUUGGUGGUCUGCGUGAAGUGCAAAAGUUGCAACAAGUCGGCACCCUCCGCGCGAUGUUGGAGAAGAGUGGCACACUUGCUGAGGACAUCGUGUGGUCGGCUAUUAACCAGAACCCGCUGGUGCUAUUCAGCAAGUCGUACUGUCCGUACUGUAAGAAAACCAAGGAGACGUUGGCGAGCCUUGGUGCCAAGCCUGUGGUGUUUGAGCUCGACACUCGCGAGGAUGGUGCCGCCAUUCAGGCGUUCCUGUUCCGAUUGACGCGUCAGUCUACCGUUCCGAACCUUUUUAUCAAGGGCAAGAGCGUCGGUGGCAACGAUAACGUGCAGGAACUACAGCGAUCUGGUGAACUGGUGGACCGCCUCAAGAAGGCUCGAGCCAUCGACUAAUUUGCACGUGUCGUACAGAAUUAAGGAGGAAUCAGGGAUGGAAGGAGGAACGAACGAAUGAACCGAUUGCUCCUUUA